AUGCCUUCCAUUACGAAAAUUGCCGGUGUCGUCGCCGCCGUGGCCGCUGUUGCCAGUGCUCUCCCGGCCCAGCCCAAGUUCACCAGGGCGCAAGAGAAGAUCUUCAAUGUGGCAAAGCGUCAGACAGCUGCCGAGCAAGCACUGGGACUUACGGAUGUCGAUAUUCUGCAAUUCGCCCUGACUCUCGAGUGGCUCGAGGCUACCUUCUACCAGCAAGGAUUUGCCCAGUUCCCCGAUGACCAGUUUGCCGCCCUCGGCCUGACCGCUCAGCAAAUCUCGGAUCUCAAGAACAUCGGCCAGACGGAACAGGCCCACGUGCAGACGCUGCAGAGCUCGAUCGCCCAGGCCGGCGUCAAGCCCGUCCAGCCCUGCACGUACAACUUCGGCUUCACGGACGCCAAGGGCAUGGUUGCCACCGCCAGUGUGCUCGAGAACGUUGGUGUCUCCGCCUACCUAGGCGCCGCCCCUAUCUUGGCCGACUCCAAAAUCCUGGCUGCUGCCGGCUCCAUCUUGACCGUCGAGGCCCGUCACCAGUCCUUCAUCCGCGCCGCCAGCGGCACCGUUGCCGUUCCCCAGCCCUUCGACACCCCUCUGGGUCCCAAGGCCGUCUUCUCCCUCGCCGCCCCCUUCAUCCAGUCGUGCCCGGCAGGCUCCAACCUGGCCCUCACUGCUUUCCCCACCUUGACCAUGACCACUGCUGCCCCCGCGGCCGGCCAGGUCCUGGCCGCAGGCACCGGUAUCCAGGUCCAGAGCACGGCCUCCGCUCAGGCAAAAUUCUGUGGUUUCACCAACGCCAACGCCCCCGGUGGUACCGUCUUCGCUUCAUUCACCGAGGGUGCCGGCUGCCAGCUUCCCCAGAACUUGGCCGGUAUUACCUACAUGACCCUCACGAGCGCCGCCCCGGCCACCGGUGUCAUCUCGGACGACAUCAUCCUCGCCGGUCCCAUGGUCCUCUCGCUAUAA